AAUUCCCCGGGAAUCGGGUCUUUCCGGGUCUCGGCGACACAAUUUCCCCUCACUCGGCGCACCACAGCGAACGCGGCUAGUCGGCGACGCGCCAUUCACGGGCUCACUCACACGGCAACAGGUGACGGGAUCUCAAUCUCUCGACCCGGUCACCGGGUCCCACGAACGAAGGCUUCAGCGGCGGAGUGCUUGCGGCGAUCGUGCGGCAGCAGGAGCAGCGUUCGCAGUUUUGGCGCGCGCGGAUCCGUAGGGUGCGAAGGACGCGUGGAGGAGUUGUGAACGAGCGAGGAUCUCGGAAAGAGCCGCGAGAUGAGUGUCGAGGACGCCAUCAAUUACUCGCCCAAUGAGGAGGAGGACUAUUACGCGCUGUUGUCCUGCGACGAGUCUUCCACGGUCGAGCAGAUCACGGCGGAAUAUAAAGUGCUGGCGCUUCAGUACCACCCGGACAAGAAUGACGGCGAUAAAGAGGCCGAGAAGAAAUUUCAGCUGUUGAAGUACGCGAAGGAGGUGCUCUGCGAUCCUGAGAAGAGAUGCAACUACGACAAGUGGCGGAACAGCGGCAUCAAGAUCAGUUACAAGCAAUGGCUCGGCAUGAAAGAGCACGUGCAGCAGACCAUGCACUGGAGCACGCCGAAGACGAAGGAUCGGAUGCUGCCGGACACGAGCGGAGAAGCGGGCGGCUCGCCGUCUCACCUCAGGGGCCACCCCACAAACGCACACAGGAGGGCCUCGGAGGGGGGGGCCACGAAUCUCUAUUACCGUUCGGGCCACGGGGUCCCGUUUAAUUGUCAGGAGCCCAGCGAGAUCGUCAGUAAGUUCCGCAAUUAUGAGAUCUAAGCGAGAGGAGGAAGGGAAGCAGGAACGAAAGAGGAAGAGGGAGAGGGAGAGAAAGAGAGGGA